CUCGACCAAACCACCUGCCCUCUUCCUCGACUCAAACAUCCAAAUUAUCCCCCCUAAACUAAGAUACCUUAGUCAUACCGUCCUCGGCGCCGCCGCCACCUUUUCUCCUCCAUCCCUCUCUCGUCUUCUUCCCUCGACGAUUUCCACCCCAACUCCCUCCACGUCGCCACGAUUCCUCCCAUCACGAGGAAACGCAAGGCUGCUGAGGCGACGAUAAUCUCUGCCAACAGAGACGAAGGCCCCAACAAGAGAAUCAUCGCCUCAGCUGCUGUCUCGGACACCCUCGCCCAAGUCCUCCCCCCCACCCCCGUUACCACCGCCAGCAACCCAAUGGAUUCCGACGAAGAAUACAUGUCGGCUCUCUCGAGCGACGACGAGAUGAUGCAAGAUAGCGCAGACGAAAUGUCUGCUGGUGACGACUUCGAUGAAGAUGACUUCGAUGAGCCCGAUCCCGAUUUUGGCCUGGCCAAAGAUCUCGAAAGAAAGAAAAAGGCCGCCCACGUCGUAUCCUACAAGGUCUAUGAACCGAGCGAUGUCCAACGUCAGCAAGAUGAUAUGAUCAACGAGGUGAACAUGAUUCUGGACAUGCGCAAGGAGGACGCGGCCAUCCUGCUCCGCUAUUUCCGAUGGAACAAGGAGCGUUUGCUCGAGGACUACAUGGACCGCCCUGAAAAGGUCUUGGAGGCAGCCGGGCUCAGCAGUAACUCGUCUACUCUCCCCAAGCUCGAGGCCAUUCCAGGCUUCAUGUGUGACAUCUGCUGUGAGGAUGACGGGAGUCUCCAGUCAUUUGCCAUGAAGUGUGGUCAUCGGUACUGCGUAGACUGCUACCGCCACUACCUGACGCAGAAGAUCCGCGAGGAGGGCGAGGCGGCUCGGAUCCAGUGUCCCUCCGACGGCUGUGGCCGCAUCCUUGACUCUCGCACGCUCGAUCUGCUAGUGACCCACGACCUGACGGAUCGAUACCAUGAACUCCUCAACCGAACAUAUGUCGAGGACAAGGACAUCUUCAAGUGGUGCCCGGCUCCGGACUGCCCCAACGCCGUUGAGUGUGCUGUCAAGAAAAAGGACCUCGACAGGAUUGUCCCAACUGUGGAGUGCCGGUGUGGUAACAGGUUCUGCUUUGGGUGCCCAAACCCGGACCAUCAGCCGGCGCCUUGCUAUUUGGUCAAGAAAUGGCUAAAGAAGUGUGCUGAUGAUUCCGAGACGGCAAAUUGGAUAUCGGCCAACACUAAGGAAUGUCCUAAGUGUAACUCAACUAUCGAGAAGAAUGGAGGCUGCAACCACAUGACCUGCCGCAAAUGCAAAUACGAAUUUUGCUGGAUGUGCAUGGGUCUGUGGUCUGAACACGGCACAAGCUGGUACAACUGCAACCGAUUUGAAGAGAAGAGUGGUGCAGAAGCUCGAGAUGCCCAGGCCAAGUCUCGGACCUCCCUAGAGCGUUACCUGCACUACUACAACCGAUACGCCAAUCAUGAACAGUCGGCAAAGCUGGACAAAGAUAUUGCACAGAAGACGGAGAAGAAGAUGGUCCAGCUCCAGACGGCCUCUGGCAUGUCAUGGAUCGAAGUCCAAUAUCUGAACUCGGCUUCCCAGGCCCUGCAGACCUGCCGGCAAACUCUUAAGUGGACAUAUGCCUUUGCUUUCUACCUCGCCAAGAACAACCUCACCGAGAUUUUCGAAGACAACCAGAAGGACCUCGAGAUGGCGGUCGAGAACCUAUCGGAAAUGUUUGAGAAGCCCAUCCAAGAGUUAUCCGACCCUAAGCUCAAGGUCGACAUUAUGGAUAAGACGUCAUAUUGCAACAAGAGACGCGUCAUUCUUCUCGAGGACACGGCAGAGAACCUAGCCAAGGGCGAAUGGGCCUUCAACUCAGACCUAUCAAACCCCACAACUGCCGGGUCAGCUAGCCGUCGCUAGACUUUGAACGCAAGCAGUCCGAGGUAGCUUUUGGCUGAAACUCAUGUGUCCAUGAUGGCGUAUUUUAACAAGAUCAUGGGCUUGAAGCCUAAGCAUACCUACGGAUAA